GCUUUCCACGAGAGACAUAGUGCGCGCAUUGGACGUUCUGACAGGUAUCAUUCGGAUAGAUUUCGUUUGGCUGGAGUUUUCCCCAAUUUUCUUUUCCAUAUCAGUCACACAUUCCAGUCGAAAGGGUAGUUUCCACCUGGAAAGGUCAUUUGCUUUUUGUCCCUUGGUCCACUUAUUAACAUGAGCUAUUUAAAUUCGUGGAUUAUUUUAUUCGGGUGUGUCGGUCUGAUUACAGCGCAAGGCUUCUACGGUGGUGCCGGGAAUGGGUUUGGCGGAUAUGGUGGCGGCGGAAGUCCUCAGGGAGGUGGUCCGCAAGGCGGCGGCGGCCAGUACGGUGGUCCUCAAUCGCAGAUGCAGCAGGCAGGCCUCGGGAUGCCUCAGGGUAGAAGUCUGACCAAUAACGGCAAUCCCCAGAUGCCUCAGCAGCCAAAUAUUCAGCCCGGAAGCGGAGGAAUGCCCGUGAUCUUCACGAAUCCGCAGACGGCUGCGGCUGACAAGGCCGCUGCAGCUGGCGUACAGACGCCGCCGAUGACCGCGCCAGGCCAACAACCUUUACCCGGCAGCGGUGCUUCCCCAGUUCCCGUUAAUGCUCCAGUCGGGGCUGCCAAUGCCGUUCCCGCUCCAGGAGCACCGUUACCCGCCGCCAGUGCUUCGAAUCCAUUGUAUGGAAACGGUGUUGCAGUUAUCGGCCUGUACGGGAACCGACCCAGUGACAGUGCAUUUGGGCGCGGCUAUGGCGGUAUGGACGAUCAGUGGGGAAUUGGCGCUGGUUACGGUGGAGCUGGUUACGGCGGAGCUGGUUACGGAAGCAGUGGCUUGUACGGCGGUGGAUUUGACGACUACGGAAUGGGCGGCGGCCCGUACGGUCGGAGCCUGAGCGAUGGUUACGGAAGCGCGGGAUCCGGGGCGUCCCGUUACGACAGCGGCCAGUGGGGCGGCGGCGGUAGCGGUCGGGGUGGUAUGUUCGGUGGUGGACCUGGAGGUGGCCGCGGCGGCGGUGGAGGGUGGAACUUGUAGACUUUUUCUCCUGAAUGGUCUGUGAUGUUUUUGUAAUGGAAGAUUUCCAGUUUAUUUAUAGAGACACUUUAUAUUUUAUCCAAUGCGAAGUAGCUAUGCAAUCUCCCGGUGCUUGUAUAGUUUUACUAACUGGAAUGAUUGCGAGAUGCAGCUUAAGUUGUGCCGCGUACUUCUAACUUGAUUAUUGAAAUUGUGAUUUAAAAUAAGAUGGAAAUCUGAUUAAAGAGCGGAUUUUAACAA